CAGCUGGCUGAGCACGUUGACGAUUUCGGCGAGGUGCUGCGCGCGAUCAAGGCUCCUUGGUGUCAUCUCCCUUAUUGAUUGCUGUAGUUGAUUAAAUUAUCAUGGCUAAGAGUCUGCGGAGCAAGUGGAAACGCAAAAUGCGUGCUAAGAAGCGGGAGCGGUACUCAGUCAAAGAACUUGCCAAGUUGAAGGAGAUGCUGGACGCCGCUGCCAGUACUUCCAAAAGCGACGUUGACAUGUCCGAAAUGUGCACAGUCGUUGAUGGCAAGCAAGUCGCCGACCAAUCCGCCGAGUCCAAUGAGCCGUUGGACACUGAAGCUGAUGGGCAAGCCACAGCAGAGAUGGAUGUGGACAAGCCAGUGAGGAAAUACAACCCAAGGACGCUGAGAGAUGAGCAUGGCACCUACCCUGUCUGGAUGAGUCAGAGAGCCAUCCGGAAGCGGAAAGCUAAGCAAGGACGCGGCAAGUCUCGAAAGUUAGCUUCUCACAAGGGUAUCAAGAAAAACAAAAAGCGCAAGUCCUCACGGUAGUUUUGCAAGUGUUCGUCAAGCAUAAUGUUAAUAGACUUUUUCAGGCAAUAAAAUUGACCAUCCUCACACA